AUGACCCGGGGCCAUGGCCGGCAGGCUCACACAGAGGGCAUUGCAGUCAGCCUGACAGCCAUCAGGAGGGAAGCUUACCCCGUGGAUGUAUUGAAGGGCCUCCAAUUCCAUACACAACCUGAGGGUGUAAAGAGGAUUCCUGGCUUCUGCCCAGCCCGACGUUCAAGCACUGGUGGAGAUGUGGCCUACAAGAUAUCCAAGAAAGCUCAGAUCAGCGCCCCCACGCGGCAGCUCUUCCAAGGUAAAUUCCCAGAGGACUUUUCAGUCAUGGCACUGGUACGGGCGAAGAAUGGCUUGCAGUCUUUCCUCCUGUCCAUCUACAAUGAGCAAGGGGUCCAGCAGCUCGGAGUAGAGUUGGGUCGUUCUCCUGUCUUUCUCUAUGAAGAUCAGAACGGAAAACCGGCUCCUGAAGACUACCCAAUAUUCAGUGGGGUCAAUCUGGCCGAUGGAAAAUGGCACCGUAUAGCACUGAGUGUACAGAAGAAAUCAGUCACUUUAAUAUUAGACUGCAAGAAGAAGAUAACUAAGCAAUUGCCCCGAGGAAAUAAGCCCGUUGUGGACACCAAAGGGAUCACAGUUUUUGGGACCAGAAUUUUGGAUGAAGAAUCAUUUGAGGGUGACAUUCAACAACUACUUAUAGCAAAUAACGCUCAGGCAGCUUAUGACUACUGUGAACACUACAGUCCAGACUGCGACUCCGCUCUGCUCAACACUCCUCAAGCCCAAGACCCCAACACAAGGCCAGAUUAUGCAGAGGAAGAGGUGGAGUAUUAUGAAUAUCCGUACUAUUAUGACAAUAAGGAGGAAGGCACGUCUGCCCCACCUACUGCAAGUGCCCCUGAAGGGGGUGCCGUUGAGCAGGACCCUGCCCAGAUCACUGAACCUGUCUUGACCCCUGAGCCCGUCGUGCUAGAACAGAGCCCAGAUUAUACUGUAUCACCAAAUGAGGAAGAUGUUUAUGAGGUUUGGGAGGAAGAACCAACUCAAGAAGUUCCACCCAAUCCACAGGAAAAGGAAAAUGCUCCUUCUACAGAUGACAAGGGUAGUGAUUCCUUCAUAGAGGAAUAUGUGACCGGUGAGGAGGAAAAUCCAACUGUCGGGCUGGACUAUGAGUAUGUGUACAAGGAUUAUCAUGAGGGUUCGGAGAGUACACACCUGGGUCCAGUCCUCUCUGCAGAGACUCCUGAGAGUGGAGGUGCUAUCAGUGGUCCCCGUGGGCUGAAAGGAGAAAAAGGUGAUCCAGCUCACUUGGAAUCGGGUAUGGUAGUCGAAGGUCCACCAGGGCCUGAAGGACCCGCAGGUCAGACUGGUCCCCCUGGAAUACAUGGCCACCCUGGACCUGUUGGUGACCCCGGAGAAAGGGGUCCCCCAGGCAGAGCUGGUCUAUCAGGAGCCAAUGGAUUGCCAGGACAGCCCGGUAGCUCUGUUAUGCUUCCUUUCCGUUUUGGGGCUGGUGGUGGUGACAAGGGGCCGGUAGUUGCUGCACAGGAAGCUCAAGCAGCAGCCAUUUUGCAGCAGGCCAGGUUGGCUUUGCGUGGGCCUCCUGGACCAAUGGGUUACACUGGACGAUCUGGACCCUUGGGAGCACCAGGAAGUCCUGGAUUAAAGGGUGAUCAAGGAGAUAUAGGUCCUCAGGGCCUAAGAGGACCACAAGGACUGUCUGGACCUCCAGGAAAACCAGGAAGAAGGGGUCGUUCUGGUGCUGACGGAGCUCGUGGUCUGCCUGGUGAAUUUGGUAGUAAGGGUGAGCGUGGCUUUGAUGGACUGCCUGGACUGCCAGGAGAAAAAGGUCAUCGGGGAGAUUCUGGAGCUCAGGGUCCUUUGGGGCCAAUAGGAGAAGACGGAGAGAGGGGAAGUGAUGGAGAUGUUGGACAACGUGGACUUCCCGGUGAACCAGGUGUCAGAGGUUUACUAGGACCCAAAGGCCCACCUGGUAUUCCUGGCCCACAUGGUGUAAGAGGUAUGGAUGGAUCUGGGGGACCAAAAGGAAACCUGGGCCCACAAGGUGAACCUGGCCCUCCAGGACAACAGGGAACUCCAGGGACACAGGGACUUUCAGGGCCACAAGGUGCUCAAGGACCUCCAGGAGAGAGUGGACCACACGGAAAACCUGGACUUCCUGGCAUCCCUGGCUCUGAUGGACCUCCUGGUCAUCCUGGUAAAGAAGGUCCUGGAGGCUUCAAAGGCAACCAGGGUCCAUCUGGUCCACAAGGUUCAAUUGGUUAUCCUGGGCCCCGAGGUGUAAAGGGAGUUGAUGGAAUCAGGGGUCUUAAAGGGCACAAGGGAGAAAAGGGUGAAGAUGGUUUCACUGGAUUCAAAGGAGAUGUGGGAGUAAAGGGUGACAAGGGUGAAGGUGGAGUCCCAGGGUCUAGAGGAGAGGAUGGGUCUGAGGGCCCAAAGGGAAGAUCUGGUCCUUCUGGUGAUCCAGGACCCCUUGGAUUGAUUGGUGAGAAGGGCAAACUAGGUGUUCCCGGCCUGCCAGGAUAUCCUGGGCGACAGGGGACAAAGGGAUCUCUCGGCUUCCCAGGAUUCCCAGGGGCCAAUGGAGAGAAGGGAGCACGGGGUCUUUCUGGAAAAUCAGGCCAGAGGGGAGAAAGAGGACCCUCCGGUCCAAGAGGUCAAAGAGGACCCCGAGGCGCCACAGGGAAAUCAGGACCAAAGGGUACAUCUGGAGGAGAUGGUCCUUCUGGUCCACUCGGAGAGAGAGGUCUUCCUGGACCACAAGGCUCUAAUGGGUUCCCUGGGCCUAAAGGACCCCCUGGCCCUCCAGGAAAAGAUGGGAUCCCAGGACAUCCUGGACAGAGAGGAGAAGUGGGUUUCCAAGGUAAAGUGGGAACUACAGGACCUCCUGGUGUUGUGGGACCACAGGGUACCCAAGGUGAAUCUGGACCUAUGGGCGAGAGAGGACACCCUGGUCCUCCAGGACCCCCAGGAGAGCAGGGCUUGUCUGGCGCAUCUGGUAAAGAAGGUACUAAGGGAGAUCCUGGAACGGUCGGUGUCCCUGGAAAGGAUGGCCCAGCUGGUUUGAGAGGAUUUCCAGGAGAAAGAGGCCUGCCGGGUACACCAGGUGGUCCAGGUCUGAAGGGUAAUGAAGGUCCAGCUGGUCCCGCUGGUCCAGCAGGAUCUCCUGGAGAAAGAGGUGGACCAGGCCAAGGUGGACCAAUCGGGCCCCCUGGAAGACCAGGCCCUCAGGGACCUGCAGGCGGUGGUGGAGAAAAGGGUGUUCCCGGGGAAAAAGGUCCCAUUGGCCCUGCAGGUAGAGAUGGUGUGCAGGGACCUGUGGGUCUUCCUGGGGCAGCCGGACCUUCUGGAGUUGCUGGAGAAGAUGGGGAUAAGGGUGAAGUUGGUGAGCAUGGACAGAAAGGAGGCAAGGGUAACAAGGGAGAACAUGGUCCUCCUGGUCCACCUGGUCCUAUUGGUCCUGUUGGACAGCCGGGCACUCCAGGUGCUGAUGGAGAACCUGGCCCACGUGGACAGCAAGGUAUCUUUGGAGCAAAAGGAGAUGAAGGUACCCGAGGUUUCCCAGGUUCCCCAGGACCCAUUGGACUACAGGGGCUGCCCGGUCCAUCUGGGGAGAAGGGAGAGACAGGCGACGUUGGUCCUAUGGGCCCACCAGGGCCACCUGGACCUCGCGGACCAGCAGGACCUAAUGGAGCUGAUGGGCCUCAAGGUCCUCCUGGUGGAAUAGGAAACUUGGGACCACCGGGAGAGAAGGGAGAACCCGGUGAAACCGGAGUCCCUGGUGUUCAAGGUGAACUUGGACCUAAGGGACCACGUGGAGACAGAGGUGAAAAGGGAGAGUCUGGGCAAGCAGGUGAUGCUGGACCCCCUGGAGGAAAGGGACCUAUUGGUGAUGAUGGACCUAAAGGAAACCCAGGUCCUGUUGGAUUCCCAGGAGAUCCUGGACCCCCUGGAGAGAUGGGACCUCGAGGACAAGACGGAGCAAAGGGUGAUCGAGGAGAAGAUGGUGAACAAGGAGAGGCAGGAUCUCCUGGUCCUACUGGAGAGAAUGGGCCCCCCGGACCAUUAGGAAAACGAGGUCCUGCUGGUCCACCUGGUCCUGAAGGUCGUCAGGGAGAAAAAGGAGCUAAGGGAUCACCUGGUGCUCUAGGUGCUCCUGGUAAGACAGGUGCUGUUGGACCUCAGGGAACUGCAGGAAAGCAAGGACCAGAAGGACUCAGGGGCAUCCCUGGAGCUGUGGGUGAACAAGGUCGUCCAGGAGCAACAGGUCAAGCUGGACCCCCUGGACCUGUGGGUCCUCCCGGAUUGCCUGGGCUCAAAGGAGAUUCUGGCGCUAAAGGAGAGAAGGGUCACCCUGGUCUUAUUGGACUCAUUGGACCAACAGGAGAGCAGGGCGAGAAAGGUGACAGAGGUCUGCCUGGCCCAGCUGGCAAAACUGGAUACAAAGGAGAACCUGGUAUUGCUGGUGUCACAGGUCCUAUUGGCCCAGGAGGAUCUGCCGGGCAACCUGGACCUCCUGGUCCUAAGGGAGCUAAGGGUUCCUCGGGACAAGCCGGACCCAAAGGACAGAAGGGUGUACAAGGUCCACCUGGACCUCCGGGACCUCCAGGUGAAGUCAUCCAGCCGCUACCUUUCCAGAUGCCCAAGAAAAGUAAGCGCUCCAUUGAUGCAAGUCAGAUCAUGGGAGAUGAACCUACUGGGGAUUAUGCCGAUGGCAUGGAAGAAAUCUAUGGAUCUCUCAAUGCUAUAAAGAAAGAUAUCGAGCUGAUGAAGACACCCUUGGGCACAAAGGAACACCCAGCCCGCACAUGCCUGGACCUGCGACUGUGCCACCCAGAGCUUCCAGAUGGUGAAUAUUGGAUUGAUCCAAACCAGGGCUGCACCCGAGAUUCUUUCAAGGUCUUCUGUAACUUCACAGCAGGUGCAGAGUCCUGUAUCUACCCCAGCAAGGACAUUGAGAAGGUUAAGAUGUCUACCUGGAACACUGAGAAGAAAGAAACCUGGUACAGCAAGUUCAGGAGUGGCCGUAAGUUCUCUUACGUUGACUCAGACAAAAACCCCAUUGGUGUAGUCCAGUUGACCUUCCUCCGCCUGCUGAGCAUCACUGCCCGUCAGAACUUCACCUAUAACUGCCACCGCUCUGCUGCCUGGCACAUGGCCUCUGCUGAUAGCUACCAAAACGCACUGCACUUCAUGGGCGCCAAUGAUGAGGACCUUUCCUUCCACACAAGUCCUUAUAUCAAGGCUCUCAGAGAUGGAUGUUCGAUGAGGAAGGGCACCGACAAGACUGUGCUAGAGAUUCUCACUCCACGUGUAGAGCAGCUUCCUUUGACGGACGCUAUGUUUAUGGACUUUGGAGAACCCAACCAGAAAUUUGGAUUUGAAGUGGGACCUGUAUGUUUUAUGGGCUGAGGCAAUUAAAAAAUAGAGACAAUCCCCCACCCAACUGUACCCCCUUCUUAAAAAAGGAGAUGCCCGACCCCCUUUUCCUUCAUUCCCGUACUCCAGUAUUCGAGAAGCUCAGCUGACAAGGAGCAGAAAGCAAGCACUUCCAAUGAGAAGCUACAAGAGACCAAAAAAGUCCCUGGUCAACCCGUGACAAAGACCUAAAGCUGGGUGGAUAUUCUGAUGACCAAAGAAAGAUUUUUUUUAUCAUAGACUUUUAGCUAGAAUUAUUUGUGGCUUUUUAAAUAAGACAUAAAGACAACAGUCCCAUGCAGAAAAAAAAAGAAAAGGGUAUGGACUUCCCAUGUCCUACAAAAUUUACAUUGUGGACAUAAUGAGCCACUUUUUUUUUGCCCUUAAGGAGCUUUCUCUUUCUUUUAUUUCAAGCUCUUAUGUCUCCCAAUUUAAAAUGAUCACAUGCAGAUUUUUAAAAACAGGACUCUAUUUUUUUCUUCUGUGGAUAAAUGAAAGUUUUAAAUAUUAUUUAAAAAUAAUAAUAAUAAUAAUAAUAAAAUUUGUUAUAAAUUUCCCUUCUAUCUUGCACAACAUGGGAAAAUAUUAAUAGAAACAUAUGUCCUGAACAGAUAAGAAGACAAUUAAAAAUCUGUGAACCAGUUUUUACUAUGGUGCUCGGAGUAAAGCUUACGUUUUGCCCUUAAAGAUUAUAAAAAAAAAAUUCUCACAGGUGCUCAGAGUAUUACUGUGUAAUGUUUGUAAGUAUUUUUUGUAUUGUAAUAUAUAAUCUAUAAUUUUGCUGCUUUUUAUUUUAUUUUAUUUUUUUGUUCUUAUUCUUGCGCAUGUCCAUACAUGACUUCUUGCCGGCCACUAUCCACCUCCUGCCGCCUCUCUCCACUGUUACAUCCAGUCCCUGUUCUCCAAUCUGCUCUGUGUCUAUAGUUUCCUAUUUUAUUUAAAUAAAUAAUG